CCGGGGCGCGGCCUCGCCGGCGCAGCCGCCCCGCGCAGCGCCCGCGCCCCGCGCAGCGCCCGCGCCCCGCGCAGCAUGGAGCGCCGGGUCGCCCGCGAGUUCCGGCACAAGGUUAAUCUACUAAUUGACAAUGAAGCUGAGAAAGAUUACCUUUAUGAUGUGCUGCGGAUGUACCACCAAUCUAUGAAUCUCCCAGUGCUUGUGGGGGACCUAAAACUGGUGAUUAAUGAACCAAGCAGGUUGCCUCUCUUUGAUGCUAUCCGCCCACUUAUCCCAUUAAAACACCAGGUGGAAUAUGAUCAGCUUACACCCAAAAGAUCACGAAAGCUGAAAGAAGUGAGAUUGGAUCGUUUGCAUCCUGAAGGGCUUGGAAUAAGUGUGAGAGGUGGAGUGGAAUUUGGCUGUGGCCUCUUCAUCUCCCAGUUAGUUAAAGGAGGACAGGCAGACAAUGUUGGACUUCAGGUUGGAGAUGAGAUAGUUCGUAUAAAUGGAUAUUCCAUUUCGUCAUGCACACACGAAGAAGUCAUAAACCUCAUUCGUACAAAGAAAAUAGUGUCCAUAAAAGUAAGACAUAUUGGCAUGAUACCUGUCAAAAGUUCAGCAGACGAACCCCUUAAAUGGCAAUAUGUGGACCAGUUUGUGUCGGGCUCUGGGGAAGGAAAGGGCAGUGUUGCUGGUCUUGCCUCUUCUGGAGGGAGAGACAAUAAAGAAAAGAAAGUCUUCAUUAGCUUGAUUGGUACAAAAGGCAUGGGAUGCAGUAUUUCCAGUGGCCCAACACAAAAACCAGGCAUUUUUAUCAGCAAUGUUAAGCCAGGUUCUCUUUCAGCAGAGGUGGGCUUAGAGGUUGGUGAUCAGAUUGUUGAGGUAAAUGGAGUGGACUUUUCUAAUGUGGAUCAUAAAGAGGCUGUCAGAGUGCUCAAAAGCAGUCGUACUUUGACUAUCUCUGUGGUAGCAGGCGCAGGAAAGCAGCUGUUCAUGACUGAAGAAGAAAGGCAGAGAGAAGCACGUCUCCGUGAGCAAGAACGCCAGGAGUUAAUGCAUCAGAAGCGACUUGCGCUGGAGACUAACAAAAUCAUCAAAGAGCAGCAAGAGAAAGAGAGAUUAAGAAAACUGGAGAUUUCCCAGAAGGCUGCAGAGGAAGAAGAGAGAUAUCGCAGAGAAAUAGAGCAGAUAACAGCAGAGGAAGAGAAAUUUAAAAAGGAGUGGGAAGAAGACUGGGGCCCUAAAGAGCCUCCCAAAUCUCUAAAAACUGUAACUGCAGAAGUGCACUCUGCCCCUCAUUCCAAACACAAGAUAGAUUUAAAGGGAGUUGCACAUGACCAACUUGAAACAGAUGACAUGGAUGAAGUGAUCAUGAAGCAGGACAAACAGGGCUUCCAGAAAUAUUUGGAAGAUUUUGAUCCAUAUUCAAUGUUUACCCCAGAGCAGAUUAUGGGGAAAGAUGUACGGCUAUUACGAAUUAAAAAGGAAGGAUCAUUAGACCUUGCAGUCGAGGGAGGAAUUGAUUCUCCAGUUGGAAAGAUAGUUGUGUCUGCCAUCUAUGAGGGUGGUGCUGCAGACAAACACGGAGGCAUAGUGAAAGGGGAUGAAAUACUAGCUGUAAAUGGCAAGAUAUUGAUUGACAGCAAGCUGGCAGAAGCACAGGCAACUCUAGCAAAAGCUUGGAACAUGGGUGGGGACUGGAUUGACUUAGUCAUUGCAGCAUCACCUCUGAAGGAAUAUGAUGAUGACAUGACAUUUUUUUGAAGAAGGCUACGCUGGAGAAAUGAAGUCUUUCCCCUGCAGAAACCUGCUGCUCUGUACAUUAGUAGGAAAUCAAUAACUAGAUGAAACGCAUCUUUAUUUGACAGAAAUUUGAAAAAUCAGACCUGUAAAUUGAGACUUCAGAUUCUUCAGGUAAUUUGAGUAAUUUAAAAUCAUUCCAUAGACAUACAGCAAGAAAUUUUUGCAAGAUCAUCAAGAAGGACUGCCAGUGAGCAUAGUUUGGUCUGUGAGAACUCAAGUCUAUUUUUUGCUGUUUUGGGGGGCUAAAUUUUGAGAAUUGUCUUCCAGUUUUCCUGGAAAUAGACACCAAAAUGGCAAAUGAAGACAGAACACAGACGUCUGUUCCGACAUGCAACACUUGUGACUACACGUUCACAGGCCAGUUUGGGUGCGAAAAGGAUUAUAUUUUUACUCCGUACAUAGCGAUUUUCCAUGGGGAAAUGGGAAUGUAUAUAGGUAACUUCUCACUUACGUUCUUGUAGCUUUCUUAAUGUCCAUUUCUGAUGCUCAGUUGUGAGGGUUUUUUUGACUAUAAAAACCCUGUCAGUGAAAGAACCAGUAAUACCAGGAGAGCAAGCAUUAUAAGGAAUAAUUUUGGUGACGUUUACACAGUAUAAAGAAUCUUCUCUACCAGCAAACUAAACAUCUAGCAAGUAGUCCAGAUAAAAUCAUUAUGUGUAGUCACAGUUAUACUACCAAUAUUUGUAUUGGUGGCAAAAGUUACUCCCUCAUAUGGGUGGAAAAUUUGGGUGUGAUUCAGUCUGCAGUUCUGUACUUCAUUCUCAGUGAGGCUACAGACAUGAAUAAACUGUAGGAAGUCACUAAGUGUAACAUUUUGCUCAUGGUGACUAUGUGUCUUCUGUUUAGAUAAAUUCCUCGAGAUUAUAAAAUCUUUACUAACCUGACUUUAAAUAUGUAUGAUUACAGUUGUAGACUUAGUAAUUUCUUUAUAUUCUCAAGAUAGCUCCUUAAAAAUGUCAUUGUUUUCCUUCCUUCCUUGUAUCUACCAGUUUGUAUUCUGUUCUUCAUAUUGUGUUUAGAUUUUUCUUACCUGGACUAAUGAGAGCUACUUUAUAGUUCUUUGGCAUAUCAAAUUCCCACUGAAGUCUUGCCUUUUCAGGGUUUGGAAACUCUCCUUUCUGUAACACAGGGAAGUAAAAUUACAUUCCUGAGAACUCUGUGCUUAUGUGGAGAUGAUUAAUUACAUUGACUUUCUUCAUUUGCAGUCUUGUUCCAGUAUUCCAAUUAAUGUGUCUGGCAAGGGUACACAUGUUAGAAUGUUUACAAUUUUAACUCUUACAACUAAUCCAGAAAUAAAAUUACAUUUGC